CCUCGCAGUCGGUGUAAGCGGAGCCGGGAUCGGGACGCCGGGGAAGGAGGAAGGUUUAUUUGUCGAGUGCCACUGCAGAGAUGGUGUCGCUGCUGCCGCGCAUAGAGCAGCUCUCGUCGCGGGUGGUGCGGGUGCUGGGCUGCAACCCGGGGCCCAUGACUCUGCAGGGCACCAACACCUACCUGGUGGGCACCGGCUCUAGAAGAGUCCUUAUUGACACUGGGCAGCCGAAUACUCCCGAAUAUAUUGGCUGUUUGAGACAGGCACUGUCAGAGUUCAACAUCUCAAUUCAAGAAAUUUUAGUGACACACUGGCAUUAUGAUCACGUUGGUGGAAUAUCUGAUAUCUGCGAAAACAUCCCUAAUGACUCAGAAUAUCGCAUCAGUAAGCUUCCUCGUGUCCCUUACCAUGAAGAAAAUAUAAGAGGAGGACAUAAAUAUUUUUAUCUUAAAGAGGGAGAUGUGGUGCAAACAGAAGGAGCCACACUCAGAGUUUUAUAUACGCCUGGACACACUGAUGAUCAUAUGGCUUUACAUCUAGAAGAAGAAAAUGCUGUAUUUUCUGGUGACUGCAUUUUAGGGGAAGGAACAACAGUAAUUGAAGACCUGCAUGACUACAUGAAAACUUUGGAGAGGUUGUUACAAAUGAAAAUAGAUUUAAUAUAUCCUGGUCAUGGCCCAGUAGUACGUGAUGCAAAUACUAGAAUACAGGGCUACAUUUCUCACCGAAUUGCACGUGAACAGCAAAUUCUGAAUGUUUUUCAGAAGAAUGUUGGAAAAUCAUAUACAUCCUCAGAACUUGUAAAGAUAGUAUACAAGGAGAUCCCUGAAAAUUUACUUCGAGCAGCAGAAAGUAACCUCCUAGUGCACUUGAAGAAGUUGGAGAAAGAAGAAAAAUACGUGAGGACUCUCCCAGCCUCAGGUGGAAAAACAAUUUAUAAGUCACACAAGACUGCUCAAGAAUAUUUUAAACCUGCACAGUUGCUGCAUGAAAAAAUCAAAUGGUGUCUGGAAAGAAACCUAGUAAACACAGACCAGCAACCCUCUGGCAACCCACUGAUGGCUGAUGAUCUCUGGUGUUUUAGAUCAUCUUGCUUUGCCUAAGGAGCCAGAAGAACCAUCAUGUGGCUGAAGAGGGAACUCCAAUAAACAGGUUUGGAAACUGUCCAGAUGAGGUUGCCUUGUUUUCCGUUCAGUAUAGCAGCUUCUAGUGUAACAUCAGGCCAAACACAAAACCAGGUUGAAAACGAGACUCUGUGCUUGUGUGAGAGGAGUCCUAGCCAGGCACUUAAAUGAAGUACUUGCUGAUUAUAGCUUGGGGAAAGGAUGUCUUGUCCCAGUUCAGUCCUGUCUGCUGUAUUCUGUGGAGAUGAGGUGACCUGAUUUCUUUUAAGGCUGAGGUGGGACAUAGAUGCAAGACUAUACUACAAAAGAGAUUAUAAUUUUUAUCCCAUCCCAAUAUACUUCACAGGUGAGAUAUGUUACAUCCAUGACUAUAUGGUAUGCAAUCGGGAUGUGCUUUUACAGUGUUAUUGCUGAAAUGUUGGGGUUUUUUUUAUUUUAAGGUUACAAAAUAACUGCUGUGGCCAGGUGUCCUAGUUUAGCCCCAGGCAGCCACUAAGCUGCACACAGCCACUCACUCACUCCCCCUGUGUUGGGAUGGAGAGAAGUGAGGAGUGAAAGCGAGAAAACUUGUGGGUUGAGAUAAAGACAGUUCAACAGGUAAAGCAAAAGCCGUGAACACAAGCAAAGAAAACAAGGAACUCAUUCACUACUUCCCAUCAGAGGCAGGCAUUCAGCCUCUCCAGGAAAUCAAGGCUCCAUCACACAUAAUGGUUACUUGGGAGUACACACACCAUGCUUCCAAACACUCCCCCUUUCUCCAUCUUUCCCCAGCUUUAUGUGCUGAGCAUGACACCAUAUGGUGUCAUAUGGUAUGGGAUAUCCCUUGGGUCAGCCAGGUGUCCCAGCUGUGUCCCCUCACAACUCCUUGUGCAUCCCAAGCCUACUUACUGGUGGGGUGGUGUGAGGCACAGAAAAGGCCUUGGCUCUGUGUAAGCACUGCUCAGCAGUAACCGUGUUAUCAACAGUUUUCAGCACAAAUCCAAAACCUAGCCCCACACCAGCUACUAUUAAGAAAAUUAACUCUACCCCAGGUAAAACCAGCAUACCAAACAAUGAUCUAGGACACAAAGCAUCUUUGGACUUGGACAUGAAUGCUAGUCCUGCUUAAAUCUUUAUUUUAUAUUGAAAAAAAAAAAAACUUCCAGCUGUGAUGGGGAAAAUUUCUGUGGCCUUCUCUGUAUUUUUAAAUACAGGACAUCUCUAGA